UUUGUAAUAUUUAUGUAGUUAUAAUAAUAAUAUUUAAUUAUAAAAUUAAUCUUAAAUAAAGUAAGCAUUACUAACCGUACAAGUGGGAUUACUUUAAGUAAUCCAGUUAAGUUAUUUGACUUUUAGAGAAAUUAGAAUCUCAUCAUAAACUUCAAAAUUCGUCUUCGACAUCUUCGAUAAAAAAAAAGCAAAAUUAAAUUAAAUGUUAACAAUAUUGUUACGCCAUACAGUCGUUAAUGUGCGACAUAGAUCUACGAUUUCUUUAAAUUAUGGUCAAAGUAUAUUAGUGCGUAAAUUUUUGUGUACUUCAGUCCAGAGACAAGCUCAUUUGCCGCAAUUAUCACCAUAUGAUGUCAAUUUGAUUUUAAGAGAAAAUGAGUUCAUGUAUACAUUUACUGAGGAGCAAAAUUGUUCAGUGCAUGGAUAUGAAUCAAAUCAAUUAAGUUCUAAUAGACCAUGUGAAGAUACCCGAACAGAAGCUAGUUUCAUACAUAAAAAUGCUUUUAUAUGCGGCAUUUUUGAUGGUCAUGGUGGUCCAGCUUGUUCCCAAGUUGUAUCUAAACGCUUAUUACGGUAUAUAGCUGCCAGUGUAAUUGAUCGAAAGAUAUUGAAAGAACAAAUCAAACAAAAAUGUAACAGUCAAUCAUUUCUUAAGUGCCAUAAUGAUAAGGUGGAUUUUGUUAAAGAAAUUAAAGAUCUUUAUGAAGAAAGUUUUAGUAAAUUCGUAAGAAAAAUUUCUAGUCAAAGUCAAAAUGAACGCUCUAAGGAAAUACAAAAUGCUUUUCUUUCUUUGGAUAAAGAUUUAUCGGAAGAAGCUUUACGUCAUACAAAUAUACGUACAAUGUCUGUCGCUAUGUCUGGUGCUGUGGCUUGUGUUGCUCAUGUGGAAGGUAUCGAUUUACACGUAGCGAAUACCGGUGAUUGUACCGCUGUAUUGGGUACUCAAAACACGGAAACUGGUCAAUGGCUUUCAAAAAAACUCACGGUUGAGCACAAUACCGACAAUCACCGCGAAGUAAAGCGCAUAUUAUCUGAACAUCCUAAAGAAGAACGCGAUACUGCCAUACGUAAUGAUCGUUUGUUGGGCCAAUUAGCACCACUGCGUGCCUUAGGAGACUUUCGUUAUAAAUGGUCGAGUACCACUAUGGAAAAAUUUGUUGUACCUGUUUACGGUGAGGCGUCAAUACCGCAGCAUUACUUUACACCGCCAUACUUAACAGCUGAACCGGAAGUUGAGCAUCAUACAUUAACGCCCAAUGACAAAUUUUUAGUUAUAGCCAGCGAUGGACUAUGGGAUUUUUUGACACCUUCACAAGUUGUGGGUUUGGUUGGCGAACACCUAAGUUCAAAGCGAAUUCUAGAACCAGUCAAGAUACCGUCCGGAGAUGUAUCGUUACAAUCGAUAGCUGAUUUGUUGGCGCAAAGGAAAGCUGGACUCACAACGAAGCCAUUGGAUCAGAACUCCGCAACUCAUUUAAUACGUUAUGCGCUGGGUUCCACCGAUUAUGGCAUUGAACAUUCAAAAAUCUCCUAUUAUCUCUCACUACCUCAAGAUGUUGUGCGUCUUUACCGGGAUGACAUAACCAUCACAGUGAUUUACUUUAAUAGUGAUUGUAUUUCCAGUCUAAAAGAUACCGGAACGUCUUAAUUUUGAUAACAUCUCGUCACUAACGAAGAUUGUUUAUUCUAUUUUAGUUUUCUUUUGUGUAAAUAGUUUGUUCAAAGUUCUUUUCUUUAAACGUGUUUGGUAGCUGCUGAUGAACUGAUUGAUUUCGUUCCUUCUUUUAGUUUUAGAAAUUACUGUUUACCGUUUACUAUACAUUUUUUUUUUUUUUAUGCAUUUGUUCCUGUUAAGAAAUGUAUGAAACAAAUCUUAGUUCAAAUCUCUGCAAAUGUAAAAACGAUUGCCAAAAAUAUUGUUAAAAUAAAAUGAUUACUCUUCCA